AUGGAUGAUUUUGAUAGACAUGUAAACAAUGAGAUAGAAUUUAGUCAUAAAUCAACUAAAGGGAUCAAAGUACAUCGUACUUUUGAAAGUAUGAAGUUAAAACUGGAAUUAUUAAAAGGUAUUUAUGGUUAUGGUUUUGAAGCACCCUCCUCUAUUCAGUCAAGAGCUAUUAUGCAAAUUAUUUCUGGUAAAGAUACUAUAGCUCAAGCUCAGUCAGGUACUGGUAAAACUGCUACUUUUUCAAUUGGAAUGUUACAAGUAAUAGAUACAAAAUCAAAAGAAUGUCAAGCAUUAAUAUUAUCACCAACUAGAGAAUUGGCUGUUCAAAUUCAAAAUGUGGUGAAACAUUUAGGUGAUUAUAUGAAUAUUCAUACUCAUGCAUGUAUUGGAGGUAAAAAUGUUGGUGAAGAUGUUAAGAAAUUACAACAAGGUCAACAAAUUGUAAGUGGCACUCCAGGUAGAGUAUUAGAUGUUAUAAAAAGACGUAAUUUAUCAACUAGAAAUAUUAAAAUAUUGAUUCUAGAUGAGGCUGAUGAAUUAUUUUUGAAAGGUUUUAAAGAACAAAUUUAUGAAAUUUAUAAAGCAUUACCACCUAGUGUUCAAGUUGUUGUUGUUUCAGCUACUUUACCAAAAGAAGUUCUAGAAAUGACAAGUAAGUUUCAGACUGAUCCAGUUAAAAUAUUAGUUAAACAAGAUGAGAUAUCAUUAUCUGGAAUAAAACAAUACUAUAUCCAAUGUGAACAAGAAAGUUGGAAAUUUGAUACAUUAUGUGAUUUAUAUGAUAAUUUAACAAUUACACAAGCUGUUAUAUUCUGUAAUACUAAAAUAAAAGUAAAUUGGUUAGCAGAUCAAAUGAAAAAACAAAAUUUCACAGUUGUAUCAAUGCAUGGUGACAUGAAACAAGAUGAAAGGGAGUCAAUUAUGAAUGAUUUUAGAACAGGUAAUUCACGAGUAUUAAUAUCGACAGAUGUCUGGGCUAGAGGAAUUGAUGUUCAACAAGUGUCAUUAGUUAUAAAUUAUGAUUUACCAAAUGAUAAAGAGAAUUAUAUACAUAGAAUAGGAAGGUCUGGAAGAUUUGGAAGAAAAGGUACAGCUAUUAAUUUAAUUACCAAAGAUGAUGCUUCAACCCUAAAAGACAUUGAGAUCCAUUAUUCUACUAGAAUAAGAGAAAUGCCAGUAAAUUUAACUGAUAUUUAA